UCCAAACUACACCUAAGCUAGGAGACUCUAUCAUGCAUUUCAGAUUGGACAGAUCUUCCAAACCAUAUUUUAGACUUGAUUUUUGAGAAAAUAAAAACAGUGAGAGAUUCUUUGAUAUUUGGUACUAUUUGUGUCAAGUGGUACCAAAUAUUUAUGCAUAAUCGAAGUAAGCUAGUCAAAUUGAUUCCUCAUUUGGAACCAAAGCUCUUAUUUCCCAUUGAAACUAAAGCUCACGACCACUGUUUCUGCAUUCUACACCACAACGGAAGCCAAUCAUAAGAUCAGUGCAACCAUGGGAGGUGGAACUUUAUUCAAAUGGUCCAAAAAUAUCACUUCUUCCCAAGUUGAGCAAAUGAUACGAGCCGAAAAGGACAUAAAGAAGGCCAUUCUUGUAUUUGAUUCGGCAACAGCUGAGUUUGUCAAUGGUUUUCGUCAUGAUCAUAACACUUUUGGUCUUAUGAUCUCUAAAUUAGUAUCCUCGAACCAGUUUAGAUUAGCUGAGGCAAUGCUUGGUAGAAUGAAGGAGGAGAAGUGUGAUAUCAAGGAGAACAUAUUCAUGUCUAUUUGCAGAGGGUAUGGUCGUGUCCACAAGCCCUUGGAUGCUAUUAGGGUCUUUCACAAGAUGGAAGACUUUCAAUGCAAACCAACCUCGAAAUCAUACAUUACUAUAUUGUCUAUUCUUGUUGAAGAAAACCAGUUAAAGGUAGCAUAUAGGUUUUAUCGGUAUAUGAAAGAAAUGGGUAUUCCACCUAUCCUUGCUUCCCUUAAUAUUUUGCUGAAAGCUCUCUGCAAGAACAGUGAAACAAUGGAUGCAGCUAUUCGAAUGUUUCGUGAGAUGCCUAGUCGUGGGUUUACUCCUGAUUCAUAUACAUAUGGUACUUUAAUUAAUGGAUUGUGUAAAUUAGGAAAGGUUGAUGACGCAAAGGAGCUAUUCAAAGAAAUGGAGACAAAAUGUUGUUUGCCUACUGUUGUCACAUACACUAACUUGAUACAUGGUUUGUGUCGGUCCAACAAUUUAGAUGAAGCUAUGGGAUUUUUUGAGGAGAUGAUAAGCAAAGGUAUUAGUCCAAAUGUGUUUACUUAUAGUUCUCUUAUGGAUGGAUUUUGCAAGGGUGGGCGUUCUUCCGAGGCCUUGGAACUAAUGCAUAAGAUGAUAAGCAAAGGCCAUUCGCCCAACAUGGUCACUUAUAGUUCUCUGAUCUAUGGGCUAUGUAAAGAAGGAAAGCUUCAAGAAUCUCUUGAAAUUCUUGACCGGAUGAAGCUUCAAGGUUUAAAGCCAGAUGCAGGCCAAUAUGGAAAAGUAAUAAUUGGGUUCUGUGAUAUUAAUAAGUUUCAGGAGGCGGCAAACUUUAUUGAUGAGAUGGUUCUUGAUGGUAUCACACCAAACCGUAUAACUUGGAGCCUUCACGUUAGAAUCCAUAAUAUUGUUGUCCAAGGCUUAUGUACUACCAACAACAUUGAUCGAGCUUUUCAAUUAUAUCUUAGCUUGCGUACGAGGGGUAUCACAGUUGAUACUAGGACAUUUGAUACUUUGGUUGAAAUGUUUUGUAUGAAAGGUGACUUACACAAAGCUGCUCGAAUAGUUGAUGAGAUGAUGCUUGAUGGAUGUGUUCCAAAUGAGGAUACUUGGAGAUCUAUUGUUGACGGAUUUUGGAGUAGAAGGAAGGUACGAGAAUCUGUUGACUCAUUGCAAGCUGAGUUGCUGAGCGACGUCCUUGACUCUUGAACUUAGUUUGUGUUUCUAUAGUCAAAUUGUUCUAACUCAAUGUUUGAUGAGAGAACUUGUUCCAUGGUGGAAAAGUUCCAACGUAGAAGGGAAGCCCUGGUAAGAAUUUUUCAUUUUCUUGAAACAUUUUUUGUAUUGGAUAAGAUUUUAGUUUUUCUGAUUUGAAUAAUAUUGUGAUGUGUGCUUUCAUAUUAUAGUGAGUGCCCAGGUACUUUUCCAUCUAUCACCUUUAAAGUUUCUCGUGUUCUUUAUGAGUAUAAAUAAUAGUUACUAAAAUGUUGUCUGGAAGAUUAAGUUUCUGAUAAGAACCGAAAACUCCAAACUUAAGAACACAAUAAAACAAUAGCAAAAUAAUAGGAAUUGUAUAUUGAAUGUAUGAGAAACCCACUUACAUAGUAUGGGAGCCCUCAUUUACCCCUUUUAUAUGCUAUAUCCUAGUACACCAUAUUAUUCCUCUCUCAAAACACACAAGUUCUCCCUUCUUGGAUUCAUCAUCAAUUUCUGGUUGAUUGAUCUGUUGAGUAAUGAUCACUUUAGUUAGACCUAGAAGACUCCUUACUAUACAUACAUACAUACUUUCAAAUGUAUUCUUCUCAAGUGUAUUAUAGAGAGAAAUUCCUUGUCUUUCUAUUGUGAAUUGGGCUAUUAAUUAAGGCCAUUGUUGCCUUUGUGUUUGAUUAAGUAAAUUCCUCAUUUUUCUUUUCUUCUUUAUAAUAAAUAUUUUGCAGUGCAGGGUAUUAUUAGAUGAUCAACAUAAGUCACAAUUCAUCAACUCAUUACAGGCUGGAACUUAUAUUCUUGAAGAUUGACAGUUUAUAUUAUAUAUAUAAAACUCAAAACUGUUUUUCGUUUAUAUGCUAGUACCUAUUAUUCUAGUGAAGAAGAGUUUGAACUUCAAUUGAAGAAGGAAGCCAAAAACGAAGAGGUGCGCCUGUUAGACCCCAUGAUUAAUUACUAGGGUUUGUUAAGAGUCUAGAUAUAUAGGAGGAGAAUGUUGAAGACUAAACUUAUCUCUUGUUCACUAAAAGUGUAACAAGAGAUAAGUUUAGGCAGUGCUUAAACUUUCUGAAUCCCGAAGCACAGGUAUGUUCUCUGGCUUGCGGUUUUAGACAUAUUGAGAUUGAAAGAGAGACUAUACAGAUUUAACAUGUAACCAGAUGAGAGUUGUCCAAUGUGUGGAACAAGUAAAGAAAGUAGGGAACAUGCUUUCUUUGGUGGGAUUGGCUCGAGGCAUUUUCUCUACUCCUUACCCGGGAUAAGCAUCGUUUGCAGCAACAGUCUCUACCGUGUCCAUGUGUGGCAUUGCAGGAAUGAGGCCUUUUGGAGUUUGAAAUUAUAUACAAUAGAUUCAAUUGUAAAGAAAAUUCAAAUUGAUGUAAACCAUAGAGUUAGAGGUGUAAUGCCUUGUUGUGUUCUUUAUGAAUAUAAAUAAUACUUACUAAGUGAUUUGAGCAUCAUUCUGUUUUAGAAUAAUAGUUAGUUUGGAUGAUCAAAUAGUGAGCAUAAUAAUGGUUUUUAAAUGUGUA